AUGAACGAAGACGGUCUCGGCACUUUGAUCGUGUUGCCUCGUGAAAUUCGCGACAUGGUCUUCAGCUAUGUCGCUGCAUCUCUCAAGUUGACACAGUCUUGCUUCAGAAUCUUAUCGCUGCACAGGCUCGUGCCGAUCAGCAGACAGCUGCGUCGAGAACUCUUGGAAUCCUUUCUGAGAAACAACGAGUUCUUCGCUGAGUAUUCGAACAAGUCGAUCGACAGAUUGAACAAGUUUUUGCGUCUCAUCAGCCCAAUGACCGAUAUCGCUACCCAUAUCAGAGCCAUUGGCCUCCAAAUGGAUUCUGAAUUGUUCGAUGAGUAUUUAAACGACUCCGGAACCGUCCAGGUCUCCCAGACCAAACUUUCCCAUGAUAUACACCGGCUUCUUCGAAGAGCACGAAAGCUCAGAAGCUGUUUUGAUGUCUAUGGCAUACCGUUGCACAAAGUUUGUGUCGAGAUGAGAUACAUUCUGCCAUUACACGUCUCCUGGGGAAUAGAAGCCGACCUCUUCUAUGAUAUCGUUAUCAAGACUUACCUUCGUUAUCACAGGAUCAGAAUUGACGUGUCUUCCAAAGCUAGAUCCGUUACGGCUCUUGAGAAAGUACAUAAGGAGAUGCUGCUUGCCAUGCAGGGAAGACUUGAAAAGCAUCUUGAAGCCAUUCAGGGGGCCGAAAAGAAAGGCUAUCAGGAUGACAACUGGGCCGAUGCCCAAAGAGAUCUGAAUAACCAUCUCAGAAGAGCACUACCAGCAAUCGCAUCGGCCAUGCUUGAACAUCACAAAGCGCUUAUCGAUCAGGUUGUGCAGCCCUGGCAGGACGCGGAAGAGUUCAAGGAGUACUGCCUGGGUGACUUUUUUGCUCUGGCAGAGGCAUGGUAG